AAAAAAAAAAAAAAAAACUAGGGUUAGUUAUUGUAUUUAAAGAUGAGCGAUGAGAUAAAGAAGAGCCGACUGUCAGUUUUGAGUUCUCAUUUGACCCAUUUGCCUCCGGAAUCUUCCGUCAUGGCUUCGGAGAAAGAAGCCGCCCUCGCUGCUGCCCCCUCUGAUUCUCCUACCAUAUUUGACAAAAUCAUCAACAAGGAAAUCCCAGCAACAGUUGUGUAUGAAGACGAUAAGGUCUUAGCUUUUAGGGACAUAGAUCCCCAAGCUCCUACACACAUCUUAAUUAUUCCAAAAAAAAGGGAUGGCCUAACUGGAUUGUCUAAGGCUGAAGAGAGGCACACUGAAAUCCUUGGCCGCCUUCUUUAUACUGCAAAGAUUGUUGCAAAACAGGAGGGACUGAAUGAUGGCUUCAGGAUCGUGAUCAAUGAUGGCCCUCAAGGAUGUCAAUCUGUGUAUCACAUUCAUGUCCACCUCCUUGGAGGGCGCCAAAUGAACUGGCCUCCAGGCUAAAUGAAGAUAUUAAUUGUUAGACACCUUAUUUUGUGCUAGUGUGCACUGGUUGUUGUUAUAAAUAAUGAAAACAGACAUGUUAAACAUUGCUUGUGUCGAUGAUUUGAGUACUCCAACGAGGCUCUUGAACUUGGGGAAAACUAAUGAGCCAUGUGUGAAAUACUUGGAUUCCUAAUUAUGUGGUUAAUUAUUCGCCUCUUUAACUUU